CGGCCUAAUGGACGCCCUCCUCCGAGAUCCCACGGCUGCGCGGAGAGCCAGGCGGAGGGGGGGAGUUUGGGGAGGGGGAAGAGCAGGAGGAGGAGAAAAGGAGGGGGGAGAGACUACAAACUAGCAAGGAUGGGGUGGGGGGUGGGGAGGGAAGGGACGGGGGGGAGAGAAGCGAUCGCGAGAAAAAAAAAAUGCAACCUCCCAAAAUAAAGAGCAAAGAUUGCAUUAGGAGCGAACAGCGCUGCAGAAAUAGAUGGCAGCUUCGUGUCAGUGAGUUUGCAUCCCCCUUCCUGAUCCACGAGCUGGAGUGAUUAGAGCCCUGGAAGGGAAUUGUUACUCCCGUGGAGAAGUCCCCUCUUCCUGGCAGCGGUCUGCACUUGUACACGCUGGAUGCCUCUCUCCAUCCACCCCACUCACUCUCUCCUCUCUCACCUCCUCUCUUCCUCUCUCCUGCAUUGAUUUUUUUUUUCCUUUUUAGUUGACUGAAACAAAACAAAACAAAAGGGCCACUGGAUGUCUGCCUUCUUGGGGGGUGAGCCAGACAGACUGACAAACAAACAGACCCAACUGUGUUCGGGGGAGGGUUUCUCCUCCCGUUUUGCCCGGCAGCAGCAGCAUGGACGUGUUGGCUAGUUAUAGUAUAUUCCAGGAGCUACAACUUGUCCACGACACCGGCUACUUCUCAGCUUUGCCAUCCCUGGAGGAGACCUGGCAGCAGACAUGCCUUGAAUUGGAACGCUACCUACAGACGGAGCCCAGGAGGAUCUCGGAGACCUUCGGUGAGGACUUGGACUGUUUCCUCCAUGCUUCUCCUCCCCCGUGCAUUGAGGAGAGCUUCCGGCGCUUGGACCCACUGCUGCUCCCCGUGGAAGCCACCAUCUGCGAGAAGAGCUCGGCCGUGGACAUUCUGCUCUCUCGGGACAAGUUGCUCUCUGAGACCUGCCUCAGCCUCCAGCCAACCAGCUCUUCUCUCGACAGCUACACGGCCGUCAACCAGGCCCAGCUCAACGCAGUGACCUCAUUAACGCCCCCCUCGUCCCCUGAGCUCAGCCGCCAUCUGGUCAAAACCUCACAGACUCUCUCAGCCGUGGAUGGCACGGUGACGUUGAAACUGGUGGCCAAGAAGGCUGCGCUCGGCUCAGUAAAGGUGGGAGGGGUGGCGACAGCGGCGGCGGCCGUGGCGGCAGCGGGGACAGUUAAGAGCGGACAGAGCGACAGCGAGCAAGGAGGGGUGGGGGCCGAGGCGUGCCCCGAAAACAAGAAGAGGGUUCACCGCUGUCAGUUUAACGGGUGCCGGAAAGUUUAUACAAAAAGCUCCCACCUAAAGGCCCACCAGAGGACUCACACAGGUGAGAAGCCUUAUAAGUGCUCAUGGGAAGGGUGUGAAUGGCGUUUUGCACGAAGCGAUGAGCUCACGAGGCACUACAGGAAACACACAGGUGCAAAGCCCUUUAAAUGCAACCACUGCGACAGGUGUUUUUCCAGGUCUGACCAUCUUGCCCUCCAUAUGAAGAGACAUAUCUAAAAACCCUAAAGGCCAGAGUUGCCAUGGCGUCGGCCGUUGUCUAAAGGAAAUGCCGUGAGGCAGGGGGCUGGACUUCAGGCGGGGAGCCAUUGCCUCGCAGAAGAAAGUUCUCACGUAUAAACCUCUGUGUACACACGCACACACACACACACACACACACACACACACACACAGACACGCACUCACAUAGACCCACACACACGCACUGUCAUGCACUCAGCUAUAUUUAAAAUAUAUACGUCUAUUCUUUAUGCCUUGCCCUUGCCAGAUGGUGGAAGACGAAGAAGAAGGAAACCAGGUGAACUCAGCAAGGCAGAUUGGCUGCUUACUUCAGCACUAUUGGAAUUAUUUCCCGCUGUUGCCAAUGGAAAUCAAAGAAAAUGGAUGUGACGUCUCUGCAGGUGGACGGCAGUAAGAGGGGCUUAUUUAACUUGCUUCUCAGUGCAACUUGAUAGGAGAAUACAACGUCUUAAAGUUGCAUAUGUGUAGCACUGAUGUUUCUUUUUAAAUAGUUGGGGGAAAAUGACCUAGAAAACCAAAUUGCAGUUUGGUAGCCAAAAUUAACUCUUGGUUUAUUUGUCCUUUGUGUGUGAAAAGUCCUACUAUUCCGUGCGUCCGACUUCCUCACAGAACUGUUGAUCGGUUUUGGUUCUUCUUAGUACUAUUGAGAUCUUUCGAGUCAAUACCAACGGCCUUAGCGGCGGCAGACUCUGGAAUAACACCUUACACCUUUCUGGCCUGCAUUUCUCUAGACUUCACUCUCAAGGGAGGAGUUUUCUUUUCUUACUUUUUGACUCUUGCACACCAUAUGCACUAGGGAUUCUGGAAACUUCUAGCAUGACUGCAAAGUGGCCAAGAGAAUAAAGUCCUUGAUGAUAAAUCACAGUAUAUCCCUUGAGCCUCACCUUAUUGCCAGUGCUAGAUUUUUUCUUUUUAAUCUCUCUGUUUUUGCUAACGAAAACUUGAAAAAGCUUAUUUGGAAGCUUAAAUGUUUUAUCUUUUCUCCAUGGACUAAACCUCUCCAGGACUCUCUCGGCACCUGGAUGUCCAGCUCUCGAAGCAGCCAAUCAGAUGGGACAUCACAGUUCUCUCAUCCCCCUUGAGGCAUCAUGACCUCAGCUCAUAGUGACCAAGCCCGUGCUGUGUGUCAUUGCCACC